AAAAAAAAUACCCGAUUUAGGGUUUCUGCCACCAUCUCCCUUGCUUCUUCUCCUCUCAUCUUCAAUCCCUCUUCCUACUCAAUUCUAACUUCAACUUUGUGUUCUAUUCAUUUCUCAUCCAAACUCACUCAAUUAACAUCCUUUCAAUUCGUUCAUAUAUAUGUAUACGCCCUUAUCUUUCAAAAAUUUAAAUUACUGUAUGUGCUUCCCGUGGCAAUUCUAUAUAUAUUUGGGUUGGAUUAAUCUUUCUUCUUCACUGAUCAUCUUGCAAUUCUCAAAGUAGGGUUCCCUAUGCCUACUUCCUAGCUAUUUUCUUCUCUAGGUGUUGGAUUGAUGGUAUAUAUAUUUAAUUAUAUAGCCCUAUAUGCUGGUACCAAUUUUCACCAAAAUGUUUUUCAAAUGAAACUUGAUUCCCAGUUUGUAAGCUUGCAUGUACAUACACAUAUAUUUAUACACCUUCUUGUCCAACCUCGUUUGGAAUUUGUCGUGCCUCUUGUUCAGCUCUUUUCCUUUUCCUAGCUGCAAGUUUUCUUUUAUUUGAAGCUGUCCUUAUUAAUUUUGGGCCUACAGAAGUGCCUUCCUUUUCCAGUUAUUUCUUUUCUUUUAGUUUUAUGUGAAUUAAUAAUUAAGCAGUCAGUAAUUGGCUUUGCAAUUGCAUAUUAGGUAGAUUAAUUUGGGUUCAGAAUCAGGAUAAAAGGGUUUUGUAACUUUAGCAAACAAUUCUGUCAUCUGACCUAAUAUUCAUUGAUUCAUUUGACAGAAUCUGGAUAUAUAUAUAUAUAUAAUUGUCCACUUUAUCAUUAAUUGAAACCUUUAAUUAUAUAUACUUUAACCCCACAUAUAUUUGUUUUUCAUUAAACCUAUAUAAACUAUAGUUUAGGAAAAUGAUUUCUAGUGCCAAUUGCACGUACGAAUUCUAAAUAUAGUUCAUAAUCCAUGAUUUUUGUUAAUCAUCCAAUCUCCUUUAUUUUGAAAUUUACAUAUUAGUCAAUUACAUUAUAUUAUAACAACUGUUUCGUAAGAAAAUUCGCAUCAUGAUACCAUUUAACACUACUCUUAUUAAUUUCCUGCUAGCAAGCAUACAUAUUACUAGUUCUUAAUGUAUUUUUCUAACCCUUAUUUUGAGAAUCUUUAAUUAGUUAACUAGAUUGAUUUAUUUACUAUUUAUCAUCAUCUCUCAGCUACCAUCAACAACAUUACCAAAUACACAGUACACUCCUUCAACCCCUCAUCAAUGUCAUGUAUGAUGUCUCCUGUCUCGGAAAGGAAACUGAAAAUGUACACACACAAUAACAAGAGAUGUGCAUUGACAUGUACAGUAGUACUGGGAGACAAAGAGAGUGAAGGAGCUUCCUUCAGCCCACGCAUGGGUUCGGGGGAUUGAAGGGUUGCUGAAGCAUCUGCUGACUCAUUCAUACACACAGAAUAGUGAUUCAAAUUGCUAAGGUAAUUGUGUGAAUGAAGCAGGAGAUAUUUUGCAUCCCUCUUUCUUUGUGCUUGGACUGAAGGGGAGCUCCUUCUUUCUGUUGCCUCCACUUGUAUUAAUAUUAAUCUCUUCUCUUUGUCUCCAACACUAUCUUAAUUAGGAUGUGUUUAUUUUACCGUUGAAAUCUGUUGGCACAUGUUAUAACAAUGUAGUAUUUUAUGAAAAAAUAACAAAUUGUUACUCUCUUUAUUAAUUUUGGAUCUUUUCUAACGAAAAAACAAACACACUUAAUCUCUUAAUAUACAUGAUCUACUUAAGUCGGGUACAAAUUAAAAGGGUGCAGCUAGCUAGCCACAACCACUGUAGCUGAUGUAACUUAUCGUCUUCUAGGUCUUUGUAAGUAUUAACUCUUCACCACUAGCGCUGCCCAAGAUUCGGCAAACAUCCGCAACACUUGCAUAUGAUCACUUUUAUUUAUAUAGCUCCAUGCCCGGCCCACCUAGCUAGUACUUUUUCACUUUGCCUGCAAAAUCAUCAUCACCAUCAUCACGUCCUAUAUAUAUAUAUAUAUAUAUAUCUGUGUGUGAUCUGUUCAAAUUAAAAUGAUUGCUCUCAUAUAAUAUAACUUUGUGUGUGAUUAGUGAUUACUUAAUUAAUUGCCUAACAUGUUUUUCAGGAAGCGAAUUAGCAUUCAGUACUGUACAUGCUACUUUACUUUCCGGUUCUUGUACAAGCUUACCUUCUCCCCCAUCAUCAUACUUUCCUUCAAUUCUUUUUUUUUGUGGCUGAAAAAGCAAAAUUUAGGUCAUCUUGGGUCCAACACUUCACUUGUUUGUCUUCCUUCCAUACUUGCCAGUUGAAGGUGCGAUGAAGUGAAGUUUCAUUGCUGCGAAGAGUGAGAAUUUGCUGUCUUUGGUCAGAGUUGCUCCGAGUGAUUGCCUCCGCUGAAAUCUCCUUUUGGCACUUCACUUACUAUACCUUGGUCAACUGAGGUUAUUGAGUGCAGCAAAUGCUGGCUGGUGCCCCGUCUUCUCAUAUGAGUUCAUCUGUCUCAACAUCUCAAGGAAUAUUUCCAACUUCAAGAAUUGGAAGUGGUGAAUCCCCCAAUAGUGGGGCCUCUUCUUUUACCCAGCCUAUUGCAGAUAUGAAUGAAAAUGACGAAACAGACUUGCUCUCAAUAUCAUGGAAUCAGGACUAUGGUUGCUUUGCUGCUGGCACAAGUCAUGGUUUUCGUAUCUAUAAUUGUGAACCUUGCAAAGAAACUUUCAGACGUGAUUUAAAAAGCGGUGGUUUUAAAAUUGUAGAGAUGCUGUUCCGCUGCAAUAUUCUAGCACUUGUUGGUGCUGUAGCUAAUUCUCACUAUCCACCAAAUAAAGUUUUGAUAUGGGAUGAUCAUCAGAGCAGGUGCAUUGGUGAAUUUACAUUUAGGUCUGAUGUUCGUGGAGUGAAAUUAAGACGUGAUCGAAUUGUAGUUGUUCUUGAGCACAAGAUAUAUGUUUAUAACUUCACAGAUUUGAAGCUUCUUCAUCAGAUUGAGACUCUGGCAAAUCCUAGAGGGUUGUGCUGUCUUUCACACCAUUCAAAUACAUUUGUUUUGGCUUGUCCAGGUCUUCACAAAGGACACGUUCGAGUUGAACACUUCGGACUGAACGUGACAAAAUUGAUCAAUGCUCAUGAUUCUCAAAUUGCAUGCUUCACUCUGACAUUGGAUGGGCUCCUUCUUGCAACUGCUAGUGUGAAGGGCACUUUAAUUAGAAUCUUCAAUACAAUGGAUGGGUCUCGUUUACAAGAAGUAAGAAGAGGGGUAGAUAGAGCUGAAAUCAACAGUAUAGCUUUGUCUCCAAAUGUCCAGUGGUUGGCAGCAUCCAGUGACAGAGGCACUGUUCAUGUAUUCAGCUUGAGAGUGAGAGUGUCUGGGGAGGAUAGUUUGACUCAGCCAAAUGCUUUUCAAGGGCCUGCACUGUUUCAUCAGAAUUCUUCAUCUUCUUUAGAUCCCUUGAUUUCUCCAAAUACUGGUGCUAACCCCAAUUCAUCAUUAUCUUUCAUGAGAGGAGUUUUACCAAAAUAUUUUAGCUCAGAAUGGUCAUUUGCCCAGUUCCACUUGCCUGAAUACACUCAUUUCAUUGUGGCAUUUGGAUCUCAGAACUCUGUGAUAAUUGUUGGUAUGGAUGGGAGUUUCUAUAGAUGCAGCUUUGAUCAAGUACAUGGGGGAGAGGUGGUGCAGCAGGAGUAUGUUCGUUUCUUAAAAUUUGAAAAUAGGCCCAAAUAAAAGUUGCUCAACAUCCUUGCCAUGCAGCAACUAUCCUCAAGCCGCGUAAAUAUGUGUCCAGCACCAGGCAAUAAACUCUUCUCAUUUUGUGUAAAUAUGAUUCCCCUGUUUUGGAGGAUCUGGAGAUACAUUGUUGUAUAUCCUGUAUAUUUUGGGGGGAAAUUGAAAUUGAAAAGGAGAAAUACCGAUAGCAUCAGCUGCAUCACAAAUAAAUGACUUACUUUUUAUAUCACUGUAGCAGUGGCAUGUUUUGCUGGAGUAUAUUGUCAUGUUACUUGGGUACAUUCAUUCAGAUGUAUAGUUGCGUUUGGGACUCCUCAAUAGUAUUGCAUUUACUUGGAUAAGGUUUGAUAAUACAAAGAAACUGAAACUCCUCAAUAGUAUUA